AUGAUGGAAGCCAACAGCCCAAAGGUUCUUUCUCUUCUCCCAAUUUGGCUUCCGGCAAUUGCAAUAGCCGGUAUAAUCUAUACCUACUUUCGAUCAUGGUAUCGUCUUCGCGCUUUCAAGGGACCAUGGCUAGCUGGCUUGACAGAGGCUUGGCUCUUUCACACCACGACGACCGGGGAACUGCACCUGCGACUAUACGAGGUCAAUAAGAAAUAUGGUGACCUGACUCGAAUUGGGCCCAACUGGCUCAUGACAAGUGACCCAGAGAUAAUUCGCUACAUGAGUGCAGCGAAAUACAAGCACCAGAAAUCCUCUUGGUAUGCAUCCUUGAAGGUCGAUCCUUAUGUGCAUAGUGUCUUCUCGGAAACUAGCCUAGAGAAGCAUGACAAGCUGCGAGUUAAGAUGCAAUCCGGGUAUUCACUAAAAGAAAAUCGAGAUCUCGGUAUUAAAAUUGAUGCCGAAAUCGCUUCUCUCGUUAGCCUGAUUGAGAAAAAGUACAUCUCCACGGCUGAUGAGGUUCGUCCGAUUGACUUAGCGCAGGCAGCUCAGUAUUGGUCACUGGACGUUAUUACCAGUAUUGCUCUUGGUGAACCAUUUGGGUAUCUUACAGAAGACAAAGACAUGUAUGACUUUGUGAAAAUUAUCCAAGGCGAAUUACCGCUCGCGACAGUCUGCUCGUCGACACCCACGUUGGGAAAUCUUGUUUUUGGAUCGGGACUCGUCAACCUUAUAGGGCCAAGUCCCAAAGAUGAAGCUGGGCGAGGUAAACUCAUGGGAAUAGCGAAGAAGGUUGUCGGCGAUCGGUACGGUCCCAAAAAGGUCGUACGAGACGACAUGCUAGGAACUUUCGUCCGAAACGGCCUCGACCAACGUCAAGCUGAAUCUGAGAUUCUCACUACCAUUCUGGCUGGAUCCGAUACGACGGCCACCGCAGUUCGCGCAACCAUGUUACAUAUCAUGACGAACCCUCGAGUCUAUAAAACUCUUGUGCAAGAGAUCCAGAAAGCGGAGAGAAAUGGGUCUAUCUCGUACCCCAUAACAUCCGCCGAGUCUCGCCAAAUGCCAUACGUGCAAGCGGUAAUCAAAGAAGGCUUGCGAAUCCAUCCGCCCAUUACUGGCCUAUUGACCAAAGUAGUCAAUCCAGGCGGCGAGACAAUCAAAGGCCGCUUUGUUCCGGGGGGGACUGGCAUUGGACAUUGCGGAUGGGGAAUCCAACGUCAUGAGGUUUUCGGGACUGACGUUGAUGUUUUCCGGCCUGAGCGAUGGAUCGAAGCAUCCGAUUCGCGGAGAAAUGAGAUGGAGAGAACCAUGGAGCUGGUUUUUGGCACCGGUCGAUGGGGCUGUCUUGGAAAAGCAAUAGUGAUGGUUGAGCUAGACAAGAUCUUUGUCGAGCUUCUUCGAAGAUUCGAUUUUGAGCUCAUGUACCCUGGGUCCCCGUGGAAAACCAGCAAUUUCACUCUUUUCAUGCAGAAGGAUAUGUGGGUACGCGUCACAAAGCGUGCCACUUAG